AUGCCCUCCGCAACCAGCCAGCGUGCCUCUGCCGAUGCCACCUCGAACAAAGCCGUCCAGCUCGUCUACCUCUGCGCCGUCCAGUCAGCCGUCAACGACAGUUGUAAAGAGUUGAAACAAAUUUCAUACACAUCCGGAAAUCCAGACAAUGACCACCACCUUAACUCUUUCCAGAAAUUUCUCUGUAAGCUUGCCCAAGUAUGUGAUACCGCGAAGGGCGGCGACACCAUCACGGCUCUUGUUGCUCUCAAGACAGCCAAUGGCCCGGGAUAUCUGUUCGCGUCCAACAAUCGAAAGGAACUUGAGCUCAAGGGCACAAUGAAGUUUCUCACUGAGCUACUUGAAUAUGUUGGGAAGAACCCCCUGGGGCUUGGCGAGAAGGCUAUGUCAAAGCAAAUCCUUUGGCGAGCCCUGGAGUUCGGCUUUCCGAAAGUGGAGUACUACAUCAAGCGUGUUGCAGCGCUUAUCGAAGAGUGCAUCGAGUUGUCCAGGCAGCUUGAUGGGCACAGCCAAUCUGUCGUCCUCCAGCAGCUUAAACAUGUUCAUGACCGGGCCAAGUUCUCCCACGACAUGCUGGCUGGAGAAAACGCAAGAAACAAGUUCCUCCGAGACUGCGAAAUUCUUAUAAGGGCUAUCCAUGCUCUGAGGGAGAGCAGCUUCAUGACAGCUAUGUAUGAGCGCACGCAUGACAGCAACACUGACAUUUCGCGUUCUUGGUGCGAGCUACGUCAUUACCUUGGGCGCCUCCAUUCGUACCGUCAGGCCGCCGAGUGCAUCUACAAAGCAUCUAGGGAUUGGCCUGAGAUGUUCAAAGGCUUUACCGUGAACUUCAUCUCUUCAAGCCGUCCGCUCAAACUUUCUCUGCCAAAACCACAUCCGGGGUCUGGUCAGGUAAUCCAGGUGGCGUUCCCCGACAUAAACAUGGACGAGUACCACGAUCAUCUCGACGUACUUCGGUUGUACAGUCUGGACGAAAACCUUCUGAACGAACUGCCUCAGAAGUCCAUGAAGCUUGUCAUGCACUGCGAGGUUCUACUGCACAGUUUCCUUGUCCGGAGUGGCUCCGUUGAUGCUGACGAGUACUGGAACGACUCCAUGUUCAUCGCAACCAGCAAGCCACCCUGCCGGCUCUGUCACUACUACUUCAGCGACAUCGACAACGAUUUCCAAGUGCAGUCAUCUCAUAUGAAUGUCUACCCUAAAUGGCGCCUGCCUGACCUGUGUGAGGGCCAGGACAGUGAUGCAGCCAAGCUCCGGGAGGAGUUGCUUGACGAAAUCAUUGAGAAGAUGCAGCACGACACCCUGAGCAUCGUCAAGGAGAAGGUACCACAGGGCAAGAGGAACGACUCGCGCACUGAUUCGAGGACCAUGGAGUCAGUGUUGUCGCAUUCGGGGCGUGUGCACGAGUUCGGAUACAACUCAGGUCGCUUCUCGACGGCUUCUAUGGGUUACGGCAGGUCAAAUGACAACGGCGACUGUUGGGAAAAUAUUGAACAACGUUAG